CGCUGCAGAUCUCCUCUCUCUCGAAUGAACCUCUAUAUGAACUUCCCCGUAACCGUGGAAAGUGGCCAUUGAGGGAAUUUACAGACACAACGUGUCAAAUCCCCGCAUCUGUUCCAUAAAUAGACAUCACCGGCAUAUCCUGAUAUUAAGCUCUCGGUGCUGCUCUCCGCAUCGCAUCUACCUUGAGAGAUUAUCCCUCAUCGUCUGUUAACCGGUCCAUUACUUUCCUCAUACCUUGUAGCAUACCACUCACGAUGUCAGAGGAACAACGUACAUUAGAGGACGAAGCUAUGGCGAGGAGGUUGCAAGAGGAGGAAGACGAAAGAAUGGCUCAAUCGCUCGCAUCGACCCAGAUCUCCGACAACCAUAACUACAGUCAACCCACUCAACAACACUACGAGCCGGAUCAUAAGCGAUCUCCGCCGCCAAGCAGCUCACCCUUCGGUGCUCCUCCUCCUAGUGCUGCCUUUGCUUCACCCAUGAACAAUAGCUAUGCUCCCCCUCCGCCACCUACAUCUGGAUUCGUACCCGUCAGUUCUCGACAGACCGGCGACAAUGGUCCGGUACAGAUGUAUGCUCCGCCUUCAAGUCUUCCGCCUCCUCCGACAAGUCAGGAGAGCAAUCCUCCGCCUCCCGUUACUACCCCUCAUCACACGAAUCGAUUGAUCCAGGUGUCUGCUUUGCGAGCUAAGGACGAGCAAAAAAUGCAAAACUGGCUACAGACGCUGCAGUACCAAUACGGAAUCUACAACCCAGAACUGGAGCCAGAGCAUGAAGCGGACUAUGUCUGCUUCUGUCCUAUCCAUCAGUACCAGCAGGCCAAAUGGAGUCGAUCGCAGGUUCAGGAUCUCUGGAACGAAGCUGUCUUGUAUCCAGGCGAGAAAGCGUACAACAGUAACAAGCCUUACAACACCAGCUUGUUCUCUGGAAAUCCAUAUCAAUACAAAACCAUCUCACCCUAUUUUGGGACUUUCAACAUGGGCACGUACGGGCCUAAAAGGGCCAACGCCAGCUCUCAUGCCAAAUGGACAGCCCAAGUCAUUGCCCUGAACGAUCAGCUCAAUCGCCAGGCUCAGACUGCUAUCGACGCGAAGGAACCCAAGGCCAACAUCUGGGGUGAGAAGGAAAAGAUGUCUGGUGCGUUCAAUCAGGGGCCCGGGGACAAGAAGGGAGCUCAGGGUCUGUCCAAUGGAACGUCGGAGAAGAAGGGAGGAAGCAAUGGGUUCCCCGCAGAGAAGUCAUCGGCGAACGGUCAUUCGAACGGUCACGCAAAUGGGUCGUCCGAGAAGGCUGGACUCUCCUCCGAAAAAUCUUCAUCAAACGGCGUCAAAGGUGCUCCUCCGCCACCUGCAUCUAGUGGUCCGCCCCAGACGACAGUUGCCAAACCAGAGAAGCAUUCCAAGUUCGCCAGCUUCCGCAAAUCGGUCGGAUUGAAGACAAGCUCUGAGCGAGAAGCUGCAAGGGUUGACAAGGACAUCAAUCACGGCUCAAAGUUGCGACAAGAAAUUCUUGAAGAGGAGAACGGUCGAUGGCCCACACCUGAAUGGCGUGAAAUUGUUCGAGUUUAUCAGGAGAAGACUGGCAUGGCUGGAAAAAUCGCUUUUGUGCGAACUUGCCAACCAAUCCAAUACCUGCAUCUGUUGAGAGCUGGAUAUUUUGAGCCCAUUCCCGUUGCUUGGGCAAACCAAGCUUCGAACCCCCUGAAAUUCAGUAUCGAGUCGACGUCCGGAUGGCGAGGUAUCACACCGUCCUGGAGAGGCUACGAGGAUACCGCAGAAGAAAGAUUGUAUUGGGUCUUGAACCAUCGAGAAGGAAGUACUGGUACAAGACUCAAGCCAGAUUUCAUCUCUGCUCUCAACUUGGCUAGAGAACGUAUGGAGCGGGCUGUGCCUCCUCCGCCAGAGUACUACGACCCUUCUGAUACGUGUCACACUCAGCACAAGACGGACGGAUACUCCAAACAGGUCAUGCCUCCGCCAUUCAAGGCUUUCGAUCGACCGGAAACGUCGGCUGACGACACGAUGAUCUUGCUGGAUGUUUCUGGCUCUAUGGACUUUGUACCUCAACGUCCUCGUUACGACAGAUAUUUGGUAACGGGAUACGACAACACAAAUCAGCCAAAGAACAAGGACCUCGCGAAAGCCAUUAUCCGGCGGUUCGUGGAUGCCAUGAGCAAUCACGAUCACAACUUUACGGGUUACGAUCUUACCACGUUCUCCAGUAGUGCCAGAUACAUCGGUACCAUCAAUGGGCAGAAUCUCGAUGCUCUCUGGUCGACCAUCAAAAUUCAAGGUGGAACCCGAGUCAUGACUGGAUGGCAGAAAGUGAAAGAACUGCACUUUCAAAAGCAUUCAGAAUCUGCGAUCCAUCAUCCUAUCUAUGGAUGGCAAGCUGGCCCCGAUACACCCAUUCUCAGAUUACUGCUCUUGCUAGAUGGAGAAGCGACGGAUAUGGACGAGUUCGAACUGGAUCUGCUGGGUUUGUCCUGGGCUCACGUCACCAUCUUCCUCAUUGGAGUCGACGGUUGUCCUCAUCAUCAUCGACACGCCAAUGAACUGCAACGCAUCAGUGAUGUCAAUCACCAUGUUUCGUUUGUCGAUGCGCAAGGUAACACGCCAGAGCGUUAUGUCACACACGAAUUGCUCAAGAGGCACCUCGGAUACGAAGUCACCAUGGCGGAGUUCCAAGAUAUGGAAGUACCUCCGACUUAUCAAGAGGCGACAUUCUAGAGUAAGCGAGAGACACACGACACGACCAUUUAGAUUUAGCUCUGGUGAUAGAUACCCUGAGUCGGAGGAGAAGCCGGAAACGAGUACAAA